AUGGAUCCCAAUGCUUAAAUUAAUGAGAGAUACACAAAAUUGUAAGAAAAAUUGAGUACACUUCAGUUUGAGGUUGAUACUACAAAAGAUGCAAAAAUAGAUGAAAUUUAUGAUAGAAUCAAUAAUGCUUAAAGUGAAUUGAAGGAUAUUAUUAAUAAUUACAGUGAAUAACUUGUACUAUUUUGUUGUAAAUAUAGGGAUAAUUGACAAACCAAUUUUCAGAUCUCAGUAAAAAAUUUGAUAAGCAAAAUGAAUAAUAUAGUAAUUCACAUGAAAAAAAACUUAAGGAGAUUAAAAAUUUGGAGAAUAAGUUAUAGAAAAAGUUAGAAGAUGACAUUAAAACAAAUAGAGAAUAAAGUGAAUAAGUCCUCUCAAACUAUGAUUAAUAAGUAUAUUUCUUAAAAUUAUAAUAUUAUAGGUCUAAGAUUUAUUAUAACAAAUAGGAUAAGAAAUAAAAGUUAGAAAUUAAUAGGUAAAUAUAAUUAAUACAACUCUUCAAAAUGAUUUACCUGCAUUAUGGUAAUAUAAUGUUUAAGAAAAUUAAGAAAGAGUAUAAGAGGAUUAAGAUAUUGUCAAAAGAGCUAGUAAUGAGAUUUCUAAACUGUUUGAGUAGGCAAAUUAAGGAAAAUAAUAGAGGUAUACUUAAUCAUAUUAUUAAAAGAGAGGAUGCAGAAAUGAGUAUGUUUUCGAUGCUAAAGGAAGUGGUAGUAAGAAUUAAGAGUGAAUUAGAAGAAGAGAGAUAACUAAGAAUGGAUGGACAUGAGGCUUUAUUAUCAAUACUUGAAGAAGCUUAUGAGAAAAUGGAAGAAACACAUGCAAAAGUUUAGUAAUAAAAGGCUGCUUUACAAGAAAAAUGA